GACAUUUACUGUAAGGGUCCGCAGUCCCACCCACCCACUGGUUGUGACUGCAUUCUCUGCUCUGGUCAGAUACACCCGAACAUAUGUUAUUUUCUCGACGGCUGCGGGCUUGAAGAAGAUGACAUUUUAGGAACUACCACAAGUAAAUUUACCUACUGUGCAUCGCCCACCAUAGGUUUUCUGCAUUUCUGAGUUGCUGCCAUGGCUUCCGGUGGAGUCCCGACUGGGGCUUCCGGUGGAGUCCCGACGGGGACUUCCUAUUGGCCCAGCAGGGUGGAACUGACAAUCUCCUGUGAAAACCUCAUGGACAUGGACGUCUUCUCCAAGUCUGACCCUCUGUGCGCCUUGUACAUCAACACCUCUGGCUCACAGUGGCACGAGUUGGGACGCACAGAGAUGAUCCUUAACUGCUUGAAUCCAAAAUUUGCAAAGAAGUUUGUCAUCGACUAUUAUUUCGAGACUCUGCAGAGGGUCAAAUUUUGCGUGUAUGAUAUCGACAACGACACUUAUGACCUAGGAGAUGAUGAUUUUCUCGGGGAACUCGAAUGCACUCUUGGUCAGAUUGUUUCAAACAAGCAGAUGACUCGAUCUUUAAUGUUGAAGAAUGGGAGGCCAGCAGGCAACGGUACUAUCACAAUCUCUGCUGAAGAAAUAUCGGACACUAGGGUAGCAAAUUUUGAGGUGUGUGCCCGCAGACUGGAUAAAAAGUUUCUGUGGUGGUCCGACCCAUUUCUGGAAUUCUACAAGCAGACGGAUACCGGAUGGCAGUUGGCUCACAGGACGGAGGUCAUAUACGACAACCUCAAUCCUACUUGGCGGCCUUUCCGCAUCUCCCUGCGAUCUCUCUGUGGAGGAAAUGUUGAGAAAACUAUAAAGGUUGACUGCUAUGACUAUCAUGUCAGCGGUUCCCACCGUCUCAUUGGAAGUUUUAAAACCACCCUCUCUGAGAUGCAAACUGCAACACACGUCUCCCCUGUCGAGUUUCAGUGCAUCAACCCAAAGAAGCUAAAGAAGAAAGACUAUAAAAACUCUGGGGUCAUAUACGUUAAGAGCUGUAAGGUGGAGAAAGAGUACACUUUCCUGGAUUACAUCAUGGGGGGUUGCCAACUUAACUUCACUAUUGCCAUUGACUUCACUGGUUCAAACGGUGAUCCCAAUUUACCCAAUUCCCUCCACUACAUCAACCCUGAGGGCUUUAAUGAGUACCUAUCAGCAAUCUGGGCAGUGGGAAAUGUCAUCCAGGACUAUGACAGUACCAAAAAGUUUCCUGUUUUGGGGUUUGGAGCCCAGAUUCCUCCAACUUGGCAGGUUUCCCAUGAGUUCCCUGUCAAUUUCAACUCAUCAAGUCCGUUCUGUGAUGGCAUUGAAGGUGUGGUGCGUGCAUAUCAGCUGUGUCUGCCUCAGUUAAAACUAUGGGGACCGACCAACUUCUCCCCAGUUAUUAACCGUGUAGCAUCCAUCGCCAGACAAGGUCUCUACCAGAAUAAAGCUGCACAAUACUUUGUGCUGCUCAUCAUCACAGAUGGCGUAAUCACAGACAUGGACUUGACACGAACGGCAAUCGUAGAGGCCUCUCGCCUGCCUAUGUCCAUCAUCAUCGUGGGUGUCGGUGCGGCAGACUUCAGCGGAAUGGAAUUCCUUGACAGUGAUGACAAAGCGCUGCUGUCACCCACUGGUGAAGCCGCUGCGCGUGAUAUAGUCCAGUUUGUGCCUUUUAGAAGUUUCCAUGGAAACAGUGUGGCGCUGACACAAAGUGUCCUGGCAGAGCUGCCCGAACAAGUGUCGUCCUUUUUCAAUUCAUACAAGUUAAAACCUCCCAAUGCGUACAGCGUGUAGAGAUGUAUAUGAGAGUGGUAGCUUAAAAGGAACUUUUAAAUGCCUUAUAUUAUUAUAUAUUAUUUAUCUGCAUCUUAAUUAAUCUUUUCCAUGUGACUCAUUGGCUGCCAUUGAUGGCACUAGACGUCCAUUGGAUUUGACUGGGAGAGCAUAGGCGGAGUUUGACUUUUGUGGCGGGGGGGACAAAACAUGUUGAUGACGAAAUGCAGUGUCAGCAACAAAAUUAACUUACAAGAUAUAUUCUUGGAUAGUAGCUUAGCCCCCGCUCGUAUAUACUGGCAUCCCAGUGUGUGCGUGUGUGUGUGAGCUCGCGCUUUUUUCUGUCUUACCUUGUGGAGAAGUAGACACCACAUCCUUUUUGACUGAAUAUUCCAGCCAGAAUCUGUCCUCAGGUGGUUUUGGCUCAGCAGACCAAUGGCUGUCUCUAAGGUGCUAGUCACAUGAUGUGUUCGAAAAAUAAUUUUGACCCAUUAUAUAUAUAUAUUUUUGUUCAUUUCAUUCAUUAUUGUUCUUUAUUGCUUUACAACUUUUGUAGACAACAUUUUACCGGCAUGUCUUGACUUUCAUAUACUGUAUCGGACAGUAAAUUACAUGCAAUUACAUUUUCGGCCACCGGGGCAGGCUAUGCCCCACGGGCCCCCCCUUGAGCUCCGCGUAUGUCGGAGAGGCUGGCAGCGAAUAAUCGCUCAGUCAAAAUGGAUAGGACGUCCAGCGCCGUCAAUGGUACGGAAACAUUCACAGCCAGGACUCCCAGUUUAAAUAAGCUGGGACAUCUUUCGUUGUCAAUGAGUUAAUCAACUGUCACACAAUGUUUCGUUUUUGUGUAAAACGUGUUUGUAUUUGUCACUUUCACAAUCACAUUAUCCUUUCAUAUUAAAUAAAAAGUUAGCAUUCACCUGUGUCUGUUUUAUAUUAAAAUAGUGGAGUCCACAGCCAGAGCUGGGUAGCAACGC